AUGGCCCGCUUCCAGGGACUUGACUCGUCCGACCUAUUCCGCUUCGACACGCUAGCCCUGCGCGACGACAUCCUGCUGGCUGAUGGCAAGUCCGCCUCCAAGGUCGAGUACGACGAGUAUGUCGUCUUCAAGAAGGACAAUGGCAUUCCCUCGGGCAUGAAGACGGAGCUCGAGGGGGACCAGGACAUCAGUUUCCAGCUCCAGCACAAGGACGAGGUGCCCGGUUACCAUACGCUCGAUCUCGCCUUUCGCCAGGGGUACUCGAUGGACCACAAUGUGAGCAACAUCUCACCAAUUGGCCCUUUAACAAUCGAGACUGACAGCUGUGAAAGGGAGUCUUCACACAGGAACCAGCACGACAUCCGGAACUGGUGCUGGAUGGACGAGUUCGACGAGUGUGAGUGCACACCCGCUUCUCGCUCCAACUUCAAAGCUGACAGCUGCAGUAUCUGCUUCCGCCGCAACAAGUCCUUUGACCGCCGGGAAGACGGCAUCACCAUGAUCCCUGAAGACUUGGACGCCAUGGACCUGCAUCCGGCUACGCUUCAGUACUCCCGUCGCGUCACCAACGAGUCUCGCUUCUGGUCCCUCGACCGCUCCAAGCUGAGCCUCAUCCUCUCCUUCUCCAAGAACCCGAGGACACCCUACGACUUCAUGUCAAUGACCUACGACGUCCGCAACCGCACCUCCUCCGUGCUUGUCCGGCAGUCCUACCACCCCCGUCAGCACAGCCUCGAGAACCUCGACGAGUACGACCAGCGCCUCGAGGCCUGCCGCGCCCACUGGGCCCACCCCUUCAUCACCCCCGUCGUCCUGCUCCAGGUCCAGUUCAUGCGCACCGAGGAGGCCGUCAUGGAGAACAUCAACCACGUCAAGGCCCUCGAGUGGGAGGUCAGCAGCAUCGCCGGCUUCGAGGCAUUCGAGAUGGAGCGCGAGCGCCGGUCCAAGCUCAUGCGCCGCCUGACGUUUGGCGCCCAGAAUGAAAAGGUGCCGCAGGUUGCCGGGCCGAUGAGCAUGGCGAACCUCAUGAAGCGCGCCCACGAUGUGCUCAAGGAGUCGAUCAAGCUGCUGGAUACCGUCCGAUGGAUGGAGAGGGUUGUGAAGCUGAUGCUGCAGGCUGGCGAUGAGCUGGCGGAGCGCAUGUCGACCGGCGAGCUCAAGUUUCGUCUGGAUGACUUUCAUGUCAGGGACACAGACGCCGACCAGCGUGAUCGGCAGGAGCAGCAAAACCUGCCAGACGACCCCCAUACUGGACCGCCCUCGCGCUCGUCUGCGAGCACACGCCGACGAUCGCUCCCUCCCGCCCCCGAUCCGCUCGCCGACCCCCUCGGAAACCACUGGCACGAGAUCCGGCAGUACCUCGAAGGUCUGCAGAGGAUGUGCAUGGGCCUGGAAACCGACCGUCGCAUGUCCGAGGCUCGAUGCCGCGCCCAAAUCGAUAUCAUCUACAGUAAGAUGGCCCAAGAAGACAACGUUCUCAACGCCCGCAUGGCCGUCGCCUCCUCCCGUGACUCCUCCUCCAUGAAAGCCCUCGCCGUCAUCACCGCCAUCUUCCUGCCCGGCGAGUUCCUCGGCACCCUCUUCGGCAUGUCCAUGUUCGACUGGCAGGCCUCGGGCGAGGACGCCGCGGACGAUAGCGCCGGUGCCGCCUCAAACUCAGACCCCGGCUCCUCGACGAACCCCAAAGACCCGAUUCCCGUGCUGAGCCACCUCUUCUGGGUCUACUGGGCGACGGUGAUCCCCCUGACCGUCGCCAUCCUCGUCGCCUGGCGCGCGUGGUGGGUCAGCCAGGACCGGUACUUCCGCCGGCACCUGUCGAGGGAGCUGUCCGAGGAGCGGUACUGGACCGCCGACGGCAAGCCGCGCGAGCUGGAGCACUCGUUCUGGUGGGACUUCUUCUACUUGUCGGUAAGAAGGGACGAGCGGCCGGCGCCGGUGAACGAUCCGUACAGCAUGCUCGACCUGUCGCCGAGCAUGUCGCAGGACAAGGACGAGAUACGCUCGCCCAGAGGCGAGACAACGGUCCGGAGGGGCCAGAUCUCCUUCCUCAGGUCGCAGAGCAUCAGGCAGCGGAACGCGGUUGCCGUGUAA